AUGGUCUCCAAAGCCGCACUUCUUUCGCUCGUCGCCAGCAUGGCGGCUGCGCAAACGCUGAACAUUCCCACUCGUUCUGGCUCUAAGAUUGCGCUUCCAUCGCCUAGUGUCAUCACUGGCAAGGUUGACUUUGGCAACAAGGAGUUCGACCGUGGCCACCCGUGCGACUCAGAUGAAGACACAGGCAGCAGUAAUGCUGUGUUCAUCCUCAACGAUGGUGCAGCCAUCUCAAACGUCAUCAUUGGCAGCGACUCGCUCGAGGGCGUCCACUGCUUAGGCUCUUGCACUUUGACCAAUGUCUGGUUCCGCGAUGUCUGCGAAGAUGCCAUCUCUAUUCUCGGCACUGGUGACGCCCUCAUCGUCGGUGGUGGAGCACAAAACGCAGUAGACAAGGUCGUCCAACACAACGGCCCCGGAACAGUCACAAUCCGCGACUACACCGUCAUCGACGCGGGUAAACUUUACCGCUCCUGCGGCGACUGCACCAACAACUCGAAAAAGUCACCCCGCCACGUCAUUGUCGAGAACGUCACGGCAUACGGCCUGACCUCCGACCUUGUCGGUAUCAACCCUAACUUCGGCGAUACGGCAAAGGUCAGUGGCUCUUGCGGAGUCACACACGCCGUUUGCAGAGAAUACAAGGGCGUUGACAAGGGCAACGGUAAGAGCGAGAAGCUGGAUACCAAUGUCAACUGCAAUGGUACCCAGGGAAAGCUUGCUAAGCUUCCUGUUUGCGCAAAGAGUGUUUUUGGUAUUGUUGAGGCGGAACCUUGCAUUAAUCUGUGUCCGCAUUGGGCACGUGACCUGUGA